UUUUGAUAUUAGUCUGUUGAUGCAUGAAAUUUGUUCUAUGAAAAUGCCUUUGUAAUACCUGUGGGUAUUUAAAGUAUAUCACAUCAGAGCCAGAUACCCACAUACAAGAUGGUGUGUGCUGUUCUCCAUGGCAGUACAGAUAAGGACUAAAUAUCUGACCCUGCUUAUUCUUUGAGUUCUGUAACUUAACAUUUGGUCUGUCUUGAAACUGUCUGCACCUGUCCCUUGCUUUCACAUGCAAGUAGAAAGCAAAACCUGGUGUCUGUACUGUUUGUAUGUGGUAGGCACAGUACAGCUAGUGCGCUGAGCUCUUAAAACAGGUUUCUUUCAUUUCACACAGCCCACAGAGGCAUUACUGGGUUACAGAAAGGUGUUUCAGACUUGCAGAUGCCUUUUGCAGACUACUAGACAUGUUGGUGUCCUCCUUAGCAAGCAUUGAGUUUCAUGAAAGAGGAAAGAAUCAUAAAGAAAAUGUGGCAAAGAGAAUUAGUGAGAUUAAGAAGAAAAGCUUGGAAAAGGCAAAAGAAGAAGAAAACAUGUCAAAAGAAUUUGCAGCAAUGGAGGAGGCUGCAAUGAAAGCAUAUCAAGAGGAUAUGAAAAGGCUUGGAAUUAAGCCAGAAGAUGUAGGUUCCAGUUCAACACAGAGUAAAAUACAGAGUAACACAGUGGAAACUAAAGGAAAGAAAGAAAAGAAAGAGAAGAAGGAAAAGAAAGAAAAGAAAAAAAAGACACCUCAGGAUGCCUCAAUGCCACCAAAAAUUGAAACGAAGGAGUGGGUGCAAGGGUUAUCUCCUGAAGGCUAUACAUACUACUACAACACAAAAACUGGAGAAUCACAGUGGGAGAAACCUAAAGGAUUCCAAGGCAACUCUCAAAAUUCACCAACGGGAGCAGAGUGGGUGGAAGGUGUCACUGAAGAUGGUCAUACCUAUUACUAUAACACACAAACUGGAGUAUCCACAUGGGAGAAACCAGAUGGUUUUGUUUCAUCUUCAAAUGAGAAGGGUCAGCGUGACAAGCCUGAAGAAACAGCAUCUGAAUCAGACUCAGAAGACAGUGAGAAUGAAGUAGAGAGUUCAGAAACAAACUUCAAGAGGAAAGGAGAUAAUGGUGAAGAAUCAGAGGAAGGGAAAAAAUCUCCUAAAGCUAAAAAGUUAAGCCCUUAUGGGAAAUGGCGAGAAGUUAAGUCAGAAGAAACUGUGGAUAAAGAGGAGAGUAAAUCAGCUUCCCAAGAAACCUCUAGUGAUGGAUCUAACAAGACCAACCCUUAUGGAAAAUGGAAAGCACUUAAGGAAGUAGGGGAAGAACAAGAAGAAGAAGAAGGAGGUGAAAAAGUGGACCUGGAGCUUCCAAGUACAGAGAAUGACAAUGUAGCACCCCCGGUCCUAGAGGAUCCAGAAGAGGAAACAGUCGUAUUUAAAGAGAAGACAGUCACCUCCCUUGGAGACCUGACAGAAGGGGUGCCAACGUUUAAGAAGAGAAAAUUUGAAAAUGGAAAAUCUAGAAACUUAAGACAAAGAAUAAGUGAUCAGUAAUACUUAACAAAUUAUUUUAGAUUCUGCUUAAGCUAGAGUGAAUCAAAAGUUUAAUAUUUUAAAUGGGCUUUUAUAAAGAAAAUGUUGGAUAGAAGUUAAGGAUUUAUAGGUAUUAAAACAUAUGUGAGUUUAAUAUUUUUUUAUUUUAUUUUGGUGUGAUUGGUUUUGGAGUGGAAGUUUGUAAUAUUGUAAAUAUCCGUAUUCUUUAUUUUAACCAUGCCAUCCCAGUUCUAUUUGCUCUGUGUAUGCUGUUUUAAAUACAUUUCAUAAGGUUUUUUA